AUGGCCAAUCAACAAUUGAAACAAGUAGUAGUCGUCGGUGCUGGGGUUAUUGGACUCACGACGGCGCUCAAAUUACAACAGAAGGGAGGGUACCAAGUCACCAUCAUCGCUGAGGCUUUCCCCUCAGAUCCCAAGACGGUGAAAUAUACAAGUCAUUGGGCUGGUGCUCACCAUGUCAGCUUUGAGCCUAGAGACACCCCGAAGCACAAGAUUGAUAGGGAUACUUUCGAUGUCUUGUGGGAGAUGUCGGCACCGAGCAGUGCUACUGAAGGCUUGUUCCUUCGAAUCCCUCAAGAAGAGCAUUAUUACGACGAGCGGCCGGAGCCCAGCCCUCUAGAUCAUAUGCCAGACUUUCGUUAUCUCCCCAAGGAUUCGCUCGUCCCCGACGCGAUAGGUGGCGUGGCUUUCAACACUCUCACCAUCGACACGCCGCGUUACCUCAACUAUCUCUUUGCGCAAUUCCUCUCCGCGGGCGGCCUUAUCGACCGCGCGUCCAUCCAGCACCUCAUCCAGAUCCUCGAAGGCGGGGCUAAAGUCUUCUCCACGCCCAAGGACGCGCCGAAGAUCGAGGUAGAUGCCAUCGUCGUCUGUGCUGGCCUCGGCGCGCGAACGCUCGGCGGUGUAGACGACAAAACUGUUCAUCCCAUACGUGGACAAACUAUCCUCAUCCGCGCCCCUUGGAUUCGGUUCGGGAGGACCCUCUCAAAGGAAGACGUUUGGACUUACGUUAUCCCGCGACGCAGUGGUGAUGUCAUUGUAGGGGGAACGAAAGUGGACAACGACUGGUACCCUAAAGCUCGUCCAGAGACGACCAUUGAUAUUCUUACUCGCGCGCUCGCCAUCUGCCCCGAACUCGCACCUCCUGAAAUCCGCGCAGUCCGCAAGCCCACUAUCGAGGACGUAGUUCCAAUAAUCAUCGAGGAAGGGUGUGGGUUCCGCCCAGGGCGUACAGGGGGACUUCGAUUAGAAGUUGAAUGGUUUGAGGGUCGCAAGGACGGCGCGAAGGUACCCGUUGUAUAUAACUACGGGCACGCAGGCUCUGGGUUCCAGUCAUCUUGGGGAUCGGCCGCCAUCGCGGUCGAGCUGCUAGAGAAGGCUCUUGCUGGAACCCCAGCAUAA